AUUGACGAAAAUGGGUAUGAUGAAGAUUUUAUCAAUCUUACAAGGCAGUAUAGUGAAGAUCUGGAGGACGUUGGAAAUCGUGAAGAGAUAUUUAUAAAUGAAUUUAAACUUUGGCAAAGGAAACUCAAAAAUUUACCGGAACUGGAUAAAUCAAAAAAUGCGAUCGAUGCCCUUUCUGUGUGUAACAGAGUAAUGUUUCCAAAUGUGUUCAAGCUUAUGCAAAUAUUAGCAACUCUUCCGGUGUCAUCUGCUUCAAAUGAAAGGUCAUUUUCUGCCCUCAAGCGAAUUAAAACUUACUUGAGAAACUCUACAUCUGAGGGAAGACUUAACGGUUUAGCUAUGUUAUCCAUAAACCGUCAUCACGAUAUAAGCGCAAACGAAGUUCUUAUUGAAUUAUCAAACAAGAAACGACGUUUGGAAUUUUUGUUGUAG